UACGCAGACGUAGUGAAACAAGCGCCAUUUUGGGAACAAAAUUUAAACUUUCAGAAUGGUUAUGCCGAAAUGUUGUGAUUGUGAAGUAGUAAUGACUGUGUUUAUGGACACAGUUUAAAUUUAACUCUGAGAAGUACCGUGAGAGAUUCAACAUGUGGUGGAUCAUGCAGAGCAUCACCAGUUUCUUCUACUACUCCAUUCUAGAUUUUGUAUUCUUUAUCAUUGUUCAUAUCUUUAACGUAACGUCAAUUUAGCGGAUUGAUAAAACUAUUCCAGAGAAGAGACUGAUUUGGUUGUGGGAGUCUGUUGUGCUGUUUAUCCUGAGCUUCAUCAUCUAUCUUUGUGAUCAUGUCCCAUAUCUCCUUAUAACGCUGUCCGUUGUAACCUUUGGCUACACACAGUUUGGAGUCUCCUUCAACUUCUACAGAUGGUGGAGACAGAUGAAAACUAGAUGGGAAGAACACCAGCAUCACCAAGACAGCAUGACUAGGUUGCAGGUCCAGCUAGCAAUGCAUCAACAGCAGCAGCAGCAACAAGAAGCACUGCAACAAAUGAUGGCCUUCAACCACCAGUCACAGCAUGCUGUGCAACAGCCAGGUCAGCAGAACAUCUUCAAUGCCACGCCAGCCAAUAAGCCUAGGACAGGACAGGAAGAGAGGGGCAUCUACAAGUCAAUAUGGUCCAAAACACCAAAAAUUCAGCUCAGCAGUCUAUUUAAAAGAUCGCAGACUGAGAGUAACGAGGAGAAGGCAGCUAAUCCCAAUUCUAGUCCUCCUCCACCCAUGAAGAAGCAGGAGUUUAGCUUUAUGCCCUCCCUGCGGGCCAAAUCAAGCUUUGCAGGGGGUCAGCAUUUUGCCACUACUAAGGAUGAUUCUCCUCCUGCAAAGCCUUCCUGGUAUGGUGAUAACCUUUCCCGUAAACCUUUACGAUCAGCAAGGUUAAUGCCUUACUCACCAGCAUCAAGGCCAGAAAAUGAUUCUUUACGUACCAGGAUCAUGUCCAAAUUUGGAUUUGGAUCUUCAGAAUCUACACCUCCUGUGUGUCUCUGUUUUAUCAAUGCUGUAAUACAAUGUCUUGGGAGGACACCGGGACUUGUUUCAGAACUAGAAAAUGAAGCUGCUUAUAAAGACUCGGAUUGCAGCAUGGCCGAAUUGUUACUUCUGAGCACUCUGUCUGAGCUGAUGCACAGUUGUAAUAUGAAUGGGAAACCUCUGCUUGAUCCUAUAGCAUUCAGACAAGCAGCCUCGUCUUUGAACCCAAACCUUGUGGCUCCGCCCACUCAGCGGCAAUCACAGCAGGAUGCAGCAGAGUUUUUCAUGUGGCUUGUGGAAUCACUUCAUUCCAUUAUUAACAGAAACAGAAAAACUAGGUCAAAUGACAAACCAGCUCCAAGGGAAUCCAAACGCUUAAAAGUGAUGAAAUUCAUUUAUGGAGAUUUGACACCAGCCAAAGUAGCAGACCUGAAGAAAGCAUGUAAACAGGAGAUUAAUGCAGCACAUGGUCUGUUGAAUGAUUCUUAUGCAGAAUCUGUACAGAGACUGUCAGAUCUGGAGUGGAUCACAUACAAAGAAGAGAAUUCCUCCGUCGUGGACAACCUUCUCACGGGACAGCUGGUGAUCGCAUACCACUGUCUGGCUGACAACCACAUCUCCGUCAAUAUGCAGACUUUCAGCAUAUUGCCAGUGCCUAUAGAAGCCCCCAGACAGGUGAAUGGGCUAGUCCAUUUAAGUGACUGCUUUACUAAAUUCUGUAAUAUCGAACAUCUAGUGGGACAAGAUGGACUGGAGUGUUCGUUCUGCAAUGCUCAGAGAGCCCGGCAGCUAGAACAGGUCAGGACGCCAGUGAACGCCCCCUACCUCAGGAACAAUUUUAACUUCCGAACCCCUAACGGGAGGACUACUGCCUUGUCCAGUGCUGAUUCCGCUGUGUCAGGGGUUGGUUCUCCACUGGCCACAAACUUCAUGUCCCCCAUACCCGGGUCUAGGGACAUUCUUAGUGACAGUGGUUUUCAGGAUAACGUGUUCAAGACAUCCACCCCUAUCAGUGACAAUCAAAUCCCUCUCCCACAGCGCUUACGAGAUGCCCAGAGACGAUGUUCAUUGCGUCAGCUGCCGGACUGUCUCGUGAUCCAGUUAAUGCGGUUCUCGUUCAAUCCCUAUACAAGGCAGACCAAUAAAGUCCAUGCUCCCAUCUCCAUUCCUUUGUCCAAUCUUGAUCUCACCGAUGUCAUGUUCGAUACCAUCACAAAUCGCGAGGACCUGGCCGAAGAGGAAGCCAUCUAUAAAUAUGAUCUCUAUGGGUUGUGCUGCCAUCUUGGAGGGGAUAGUGCCAAUUAUGGACACUACGUUAGUUACUGUCUCCAUAGUGACAACAAAUGGUACAGGUUCGACGACGAACGUGUCAUAGAAGUUGACAUGGAAUAUGAACUGACAACACAUGAAAUCAGACAAAAUGCCUAUCUAUUGUUUUAUAAAAAGCAGGGCAUGUCUGUAUAAUGUAUAAAUAGAUUUUAUUGUGGUCUGUUAUGUGUAUAGCUGUAUAUGAGUGUAGAGUAUUUCUAGAAGUAUUGACUUUUGAAUUAAAAAAAAAAAAUGGCAAACUUUUUUAUCUAACUUCCAAAGAUCAGUUUUAUUUUUUUCUUUAUACUUUUUAAUACUAGACUUUCAUUCUUUGCCUUAUUAAAUUAAACUAUCCAUGUAAUAAAUAAUAUAUCAAACAUGAUUAGAUUUGAUAGAAUGAAUUUACAUGUGCAAUUUUUCCCAGGGAAACUUUCAAGAAUAAUUUUUAUGUAGUACUAUAGUAACGCUGUUUUGUUUACUACUACUUCAAAAGCCUUUUAACACCUUACUCUUGUAAUUGUCAUUUGAUAUUGAAAAAGUGCAAGUUUUAGACUACAUGUAUUAAUAUGUUUGAUUGAAAUCUGAUUCAAAGUGGUUUAUUUAUUAAGCUAAUUUACUCUGCCAUUAUAACUAAAAGACAUGAUUUGAAAAUGUCAGUUUUUCAGGAACAAACAAAUAAAAAUGCAUUGUUCUUAUUGAAAAUUAUAACAGCCAAAAAUCUACCAGAGUUGGUUAUCAUUUUUUCUCAACAGAUAUCAUGGUAUUAAAAACAAUAAUGGAUAACAAACAA